AUGCGACAAAAUACGUGCCACCUGCCCAAUGGGCAGCUUUUCACCGUCACACCCGUGUUUGGUGGCGUCAUGUUCAAGUCGCAGGAUGCACACACCAGCAGCUCCAUUCUGCCUCCGGGCUGGAACAUCGUCCUCUCCACCAAAUACCACGGCGACCAACCCGCCCAGGAAAUGGAGGGAGAGGACCGAGAAUCGGGUCGCUCCCAGGGCAAAUUCACCUCCCCGACACUGCAUGAUGACAGUCUCUAUCUGUCGUACAUGAUCAAUCCCUCAGAUAGUGACUACAAGCCACCCACCUCACCGACUCGUCAGAUCGCGAUGAUGCUCUGGGUCACCCUGUGGUGGUACUUCCACGAACCGGAGCCCAAUCCGCAUAUGCAAACGGAGGCGUCGGCAAACACGCCUGCGUUGGGUCGGCCGAAGGGGGACUGGCGCAUCUACAUCCGACGAGAGGGGAUCUUCAAGGGUCGCAACCUGCUGCAGAAGCUGGAGCGAAUGGGCAUCAUCAGCAGCGAGGCAUCCUGCGUCGGCGCUGACCCGUCGGAUCAAGACAUCUGGGGCUCGAUGUUUGUGAGCCGACGCUCCUUCUGGCAACUUGAUCCCCGUCUGUUUCUCUUCACCCUCACUCCGCAGUCCUCGGCGCAUACCUUUGCCCCCGUGCGCAACAGUAUGUAUCUAGCCGAGUCUCAUGGUACCACAGGGGAGGCCCUAGCUCCGUACGCGCCCAGCGAGGGGCCGUAUGCCUCCGGGAGCCAUCUUCCGACGUAUUUCCCUCCCCCGCCCACCCAGUACAUCUUUACGAAUGGAGUGCGGCAUCCUGUCCGGCCCAAGCCGCCCCACCAGGGCGAGGUGUUCUACGUGCGGUACAUCCCCAGCGUGCAGCAGUACCUGUCCUUCCGGGUGCCUUAUCUGCCUUCGGCCAAGACGAGAGGCCUCCCGACCGCUGCGCCGCCCGGGGACAGUCCGUCCGACCUGGAGCUGUUGCACAAGUGGAUGAAUGACCCCCGGGUGAAUGCGUCCUGGGGGGAGGGCGGUCCGAUCGAAAAACAGGAGGAGUUUCUGCGUCACAACUUGAGCAGCCGGAACAGCUUCCCCGUGAUUGGAUGCUGGGACGGCAAGCCGUUUGGGUACUUUGAGAUUUACUGGGUCAAGGAGGACCGUCUGGGCCCGCUCAUUGGGGGAGCGGGCAACUACGAUCGGGGCAUCCACUUGCUAGUAGGCGAGCAAGAGUUCCGAGGCGCCCACCGAGUUGCCAUCUGGCUUGAUGCGUUGGUGCACUGGUGUUGGCUGGCCGAUCUGCGCACGGAGACGGUCAUGUUGGAACCCCGGGUGGAUAACGUCAAGGUCAUUGAGUAUCUCCAGCGAUCAGGCUUCUACAAGGAAGGUGAGGUUACAUUCCCGCAUAAGCAGUCGGCCGUGAUGAAGAUCAAACGAGAUUCGUGGGAGGCACCUGCCUCGUAA